GCAUCCAAACUGGACUCGGUCUCGUUUGUGCGGACAGCUGAUUUACAGCAAUCAUCUGUCCAAUCUUGAGAGCAAAAAGAAAGAACUAAAGAAAUAGACAUUGUUUUUGAUAGUUUGGGGAAACUUAUUUUUUAGUUGUUCUUCAAGAAAUCUAGGGGGAAAAAAAAAAAGAAACGACUCCUGCAGGCCGACUGAGGGGGCUGGGUCUGGUCUGGUCUCCAGCCCAGGCUCCAUAUUUCAGGCACAAGUCCAGGAACGGACACCGCAGCAGCAGCGGGGUCGUGACAGCACAGUCUGAGCUGAAGAGAGGACUUCUGGGUCCUGAGAGGCGCAGGUAUGGGGAAGGACUACUACAAAACCCUUGGGAUCUCCAAAGGUUCCAACGAGGAUGAGAUCAAGAAGGCCUACCGACGGAUGGCACUGCGCUUCCAUCCGGACAAGAACACAGAUCCAAACGCGGAGGAGAAAUUCAAGGAAAUCGCAGAGGCCUAUGAGGUUCUCAGCGAUCCCAAGAAACGGGUAAUCUACGACCAGCUGGGAGAGGAAGGUUUGAAGACAGGAGGCAGCAGCUCUUCUGGCGCUCCUGGCAGCUCGACGCACCACUACACUUUCCAUGGAGACCCCCACGCCACCUUUGCCUCUUUCUUCGGGGGCUCCAACCCCUUUGACAUGUUCUUUGGCUCCAGCCGCAGCCACAGCCGCUCCAACGGUUUCCCCUUCCACAAUGACCACAGCAACGGCGCAGAGCAGGACGCGGAAAUGGAUGAGGAUGACCCCUUUGCUCAUUUUGGGAGACAGUUUGGCUUUCCCGGAGGAAUGAACAAUGGCUUUCCAGGGGAGGGCCGCAGGAGGAGGGGGACAACCCCGUCGGAGCGCCUGGGCACCAACCGGAAGCACCAGGACGCGCCGGUGGUCCACGAGCUGAAGGUCUCACUGGAGGAGAUCUUCCACGGCUGCACCAAACGCAUGAAGAUCACCCGCCGCAGGCUGAAUCCAGACGGGAGGAGCAUGAGAACGGAGGACAAGAUCCUCAACAUCAUCAUCAAAAAGGGCUGGAAGGAGGGGACCAAGAUUACUUUCCCAAAAGAGGGGGACGAGACCCCAGAGAACAUUCCUGCCGACAUAGUGUUUGUGCUAAAAGACAAGGGGCAUACCCACUUCAAAAGAGACGGUUCCAAUAUCAUUUAUAACUGCAAGAUAACCCUAAAAGAGGCGCUGUGUGGCUGCACUGUUAGUAUUCCCACGCUGGAAAACCGCGUCAUUUCGCUCCCUUGCCACGACAUCAUCAAGCCAGGAACGUUGAAGCGGGUCAGGGGGGAAGGUCUGCCUUUCCCCAAGAACCCGUCGCAGCGCGGUGACCUCAUCGUGGAGUUUUCUGUCCGCUUUCCUGACAGGAUCCCCCCACAGUCCCGAGAGAUUAUCAGACAGCACCUCCCCCAGUCGUAGGAAGACCCCUCUGAGCCCUCCACCGGCAAAUAAAACUACCCGUCAUACAACCUCAUCUACUCCUCCCAUAUAUGGUAAUGUCCUGUGUUGAUGAUGCACACAACAUCUUAGAAGGACAGACAAAGACUGGCAGGAUCAGGAUUUAAUUUAGCUUUGUAUGUGCUGUCUUUUGGUCUAAGCACACACACACACACACACACACCCACGCACGCACAUACACACACACACACACACACACACACACACACGAGUCCCCAGACAGUGAAGCGGUGCUGAGGCUGGGCUGUGCACAAUUGUGGCUUCUACCCGACCUUCUUUUCUGAACUGUUUUUUACCAAUUUAUCAAUGGUUUUAUAAGCUCUCCUCCUCUCCAAUCCUUGUCUUUUUGUGAAAAGGAUGAAGUUUGAGAUAUUUUUUUAAAAGAAAUGUUUAAUUAGGAUUUUUUGUUGUUGUUGUUGUUAUUUUUACCUCAAGUGUACCAGCAGCUUGAGUGUUUUCAGAACAUAGUCUAGUUUUAACAGAACUCCACCUUGACUUGGACUCCAUGCUAAAGAAACAUAGAUUUUAAGUCUGUAGGCUCAUUAGUGUGGUCGACCUUCCCCAAACAAGUAGACAUCUGCUAGGCCAAAUUUCACAUGAAGUUCCACAUCGCAUUGCAGUUCAGACUUGGCAUGGGCCGGUUUCUGGUCUCAAGGUAUUCCGAGGUUUUUAAAGGUUACGGUUUCAAAACCCCCAAACCUUUCCCGUCAUACUGAUUGUACUGUUUAAUGUCAUUUUAUAGAGGUAUAUGAGAAAAUACUGGCGUUAAAAGCUACUUUUUCUAUCUGUUUGAAGCACAGAAUAAAACAGAGUUGCUGUUCCCUUGUUUGUUGCUGUGCACUGCUGGUCAGCUGCUUGAAAGUAUGCUACUACUGUUUUUUUUAUUGCUGAAAAGAAAGAAACGUUCAGCUAUCUGGAUGCAGUUUCGGUAUAACACAGAAUGUCAUCAUAUGAAAACUAUAAGGGCGUCAUUUAUUAUUCUUAUGAAUCUGUUAGACUGUUUUAAAACUGCAUCUGGUGAGCUUCAGCAUGUCACAAUCAACUACUUGCCCAUAGAAUCAGCAAUGUAUCAUGAUUAUGGCAUCUAGAGCAGGAGUCCCCAAGUCUAGAUUCAUCCCUUCUCCAACACACCUGAAUCAAAUAUGGAUGGAGCUGGAUGGCCUCUUCUGCAUGUCAUCAAGUUCCAGAGGCCUAAUAAUGAGCCAUUCAUUUGAUUCAGGUGUUUUGAAUCAGGGAUUCGUGUAUAAGUUUUACUACCUUUGCUCAUGACGACAUUUAACACUAUGGCAUGCAGAAUUUGGUUGCCAGACAAGCAGAGCUGCUGUGGAUGUUUUUGGUCCAACAGGACGUUUUUCCUGUUUUUAUCCCAACACAGUCUGUUUUGCUAAGGAAUUGACAAGAACAGCGACUCAGAUAGCGACCAUAACAACAUCACUUUAUAUCACACUGUAAGCUAUACAGUUGCUUCAUUCAUGUCAGCAUGCUGGAUGCUUGAAAAUGAAAGUGAAACUGAUGACAGGACCUACUUUCCGAGUAAUUCUGUUAAAUGUUUUCUGACCAUCACCUUUUAUUCCAACAUAGUCUGUUGAUCCUAAAAUAUAAGAACAGAUGGUGACAUUCUGGGAGCAAUAACAUACGCAGAACACUGUGAUUGCACAUCGUUGAUUCCAAAACACUCGCAAUACCCACAAUGGGAAACCAUUUUUACACAAAUACCCUUCAUUUCAACAUGUUUAUAUCCACAUAAUGCACUUUUCAAUAUGAAUCAGCACGAGAACAACUAUAGUUAUUUGUCCUUUUAGACCUAAGAUGUUACCUUUAGCCUGCAUGUCAUCUGUUUUUGUCAUGGCUGUGAAAUCAGCUUGUGAAAAACCCGCAGCUCAGAGAAAUGAUCCCAAAACGUCUCAUACAAAUAAUCAUCAACCCCUGAUUAAGAAGCAGAACAACAAAAAGCAAUAUUUUGCAUAAUAAGCACGGUUACUUAAAAAAAAAACACUUGUCACAUCUUUAUUUUGCAUUUAGUUUAAUUUUAUGUAAGACAACCAAUUUACCAAUAAAUAAAUUAAAUAAAUAACUUUUCCUAUAAUAACAUGUACCAGCAUUUAGAAGCAAUGCGGCUAUUUUUUCCGAUUCAAAUGAAAACAAUUAGAUUACAUCAUGCAUUUUGGUCUUAAGCUUUUCGCGUAAUUAUCAUUUGGCCCAAAUUUGUCAUACAAUGAGGAUUACGCACCGGCCCAUGCCUAGUUCACAUUAGCCCAUCUUGGUUGAAUUGAAACGACAAUCACAACCUGCAACUGCAGCGGGAGCUUUGAUAACAAUCUGCUUGCAACAAAGGGUGCUUUCCUUCACGCCAAGCUGCUCAUCGCCGAUUAGCUGGCUCACUUUCUAAGGGACAUACAGGUGCCUUAGCCCAGUGUCAAACCAGUAACACAGGCCACACUGUAAUUUAUACAAAAAGCCAUGAGUGCACAACAGAUGAUGCCCUAUGCUGUGUUAGACUUUACCAUCUGGCGGUGGUAAAACUGCAAGUAAGCAAUGUAAAGUUUAUAAAGUACUGUAAGUAAGCCAAAAUGCUUUUAGGGAGCAAUUUGAUUUUUUUUGUAAGUAAUUUAAAGCAAAGUGCCAAACAAGUAGAGGUGGGAUUUUCCCCGAGGGACUAAAUGGCGGUUAGUCUGACAGCCCCCUGCUUUGUUGUGUAUUAUAUCUUUGUUCUCUUGUGGCUUUUGAAGGCCAUGUAUUGGUGCUAAAGUGAGCAGUGCCACCAAUAAACCACACUGCUUUGUGA